CAAUCGCGUUAUUGAUUUUAUAUGAUAUGUCAUGAGCUCUCAGGCGGCAAGCUUUCAUGCUCUGUUUUGUCCUAAAGCUGUCAGAUAAGUUCAGCCUAAGAGCACGGUUGCGACAAUUGCUUCAAUCUGCUGCGCGUACGAAUCGUUCCAGCUACAGCACGUUUAACCAGAUGCUUCUCCACUAAACCUCAGCCAAAGAAGCAUACAUCAUGGCCUCAGUUGGAACAUGGCAUCGCCACAUUUACAACCAUCCUCCAAAGCAACCAACACCGCAUUUUGUUGCCAACAUUCUCGGUCUUCAAUCAGGCCACCAACCGAAUAACGUAUCAAGCGGAUUCUCUCAGCAAGAACAAACGCUUGUUAAGCGCAACCUUGUCGUAAAAGAGAGAGAAGCGAGAUCAAAACAAAGCGAACAAGGUUAUGAUUCAACUUGUGAUGUUGAUGAGAAGGAACUUGAACAACCAAAGUCCGAAUUAAAAGGUAAGUGACUUCAUGCGGUGUUAACGAGCUCGGAAGUUGGUGAAGCAGUGUAUUGACAAGGAUCAGUUUUCUAAAUGUUCUCGGUUUUCUGUUAAAAGCAGAUUCCUCUUCAGUCCAUUCCAAGGGGGUAAAGAGACUGAAAGGCAAAUCUGGAAAGGAAAAAAUCAAGAAGAAAAAAGCUAGGACCACAUUCACUGGUCGGCAAAUUUUCGAGCUCGAAAAGCAAUUUAAAGAGAAGAAAUACUUGACUGCUGCGGAGCGAAGCGACAUGGCCGCUCUGCUAAACGUCACCGAAACACAAGUCAAAAUUUGGUUUCAGAACAGACGAACAAAAUGGAAAAAGCAGGAAAAAAAUUGUGUAACAACAGUUGACACGGAGAAAGAUUCGCAAAGCGAGCAUUCCGACAACAAAGACAGUACGUAUGGAAAUGUCUUAGACAACGACGACAAAACCUCGGAUUUAGAUGAGAGCAGCUAA